CUGAUUUUCAUUAGCGUGUAUUUAUAACAAUUUUUCCACUAGUACAUGAAUAUGUAGCAGCGUCAUAUUGUCAUGAUUUCUUCCUCGAUUGCAAAACCCAAGUGAUUUCCCGUCUAAUGUUUUGACUCGAAUCUUGUAAAAUUAGUCAAUUCGAAUUUUAAUGCUAGUCAACAAUAUUUGUUCCUAAAUACGUCAUUACAUAUAUUUACAAACUACUAAGAAAUUUGUAAAAACUCCAGUCUUGCUAUGUGGAAAAUUGUUACGAAGUUUGACAACAACAAUAUAGUGGUUAAAAUGUAUAAAAGACGGCAAUUCGCCAUUGAAAUCACUUAGCAAACCCUAUAAGAAAAUUACAAUUGCACUUUUAACUAAAAGUUCCAUUCUUAUAUUUAUCAAAAUGCCCCCACAGAAAGACGGUCUUUGUUACCCCACAGGUCACGACGGUGUGUUUGGCUCUCCCCCAAAGUUUGGGCACAUUAUCACCGCACAAAAACCCUCCCUUCCUGACGAGAAUCACAAUUACAACAAAAAAUACGACGACAUAAUUCUCCAACCGUUCGACUACUAUUUGCAACUCCCAUCCAAAAAUAUCAGGAAGCGGAUCGCAGAUAUUUUCAACUAUUGGUACAAGUGCGAGCCCAACGAGCUGGACGAGAUGAGCAAAGCGAUGCAGGAUUUACAUAAUGCGAGCUUAAUAAUUGACGACAUUGAAGAUGGAUCAGAUCUUCGCCGCGGUAAACCCGCAGCUCAUAUCCGUUACGGAUUACCGCUCUCUUUGAAUGCCGCGAACUACGUCUACUUCGAGGCCAUGAAACGUAUCGUGGACGCCAAGGGACUUGGGGCUGGUCCAGAAGAGAAACUGAAAGCCGUGAUGGACUUCAUUAACGGUAUGAUGCUCAUGCACGUGGGACAAGGGAUGGAAAUAUUUUGGAGGGACGAAAACCUCAAACUUGAUCAUUCCGAUGUGGCCAAUAUUUUCAAAAAUAUUCCGACAGAGGAAGAAUAUUUCAAAGUGAUUGUGCAAAAGACAGCCGAACAAUUUUCAAUGCUUGCUGACAUGCUAAAAGACAGGAGCAACACGUUAUACAAAGAUAAGGCUGCCUUAUCCACGUACGAGUUAGCACAAACCAUGGGCUAUCAUUUCCAAAUCAGGGAUGAUUUGCUUAACCUCAUUUCAAACACGUAUGAAGCUGGAAAAGGCUACUGUGAAGAUAUUACGGAAGGAAAGUACAGCUUCCCCAUCAUUUAUGCCCUCAAUCAGUAUAAAGAUCAGGGCCCUGCUGGUUUGCAGAAGGCGUCUCGGCUUUUGCAAAUUAUGAGAAUGCGCACCACCGAUCUCGACUUAAAGAAGGAGGCAUUUCAAAUUAUUCAAGAAUCUGGAGCGUUCGAAUAUACGAAACGGAUUUUGAGAGUGUACCACAAAAAGAUUGGGAGAGAGGUCUUGAGACUUGGGGGAAAUCCAGUUUUCAGGAAAUAUAUUGACAUCUUUUCCGAAGUGAUGUAAAAUAUGGUGAUGAGACACUUUUUUGGAUGGCGUAUUAUGACAAGAAAUGUUUCAAAGUAUUAAAAACUGAAUAUUUAAUUAUAAAUGGUACUUUAUUAGGAGCGUUUACGACCACUCCAGAACCUACUGGCCAGUGGCUUGGAAAUGGAAAUACAAUGUCGUAAAAAGAAUAGAAUUAAAAAAUUAACUCAAUUAAUUAAAAUAAAUUUUUAAUUAAAAC